AAUGGUCGUGAAAUGAAUUAUCAGCAUUUUCUUGGAAAAAUCAAGCACUUUAUUUAUCUAAUUACGUAAUUUUCACAUUUACGACACCUAAGUAUAUAAAGCGAUCAGCCCAAGAAUUUUCAAGAGUUGAUUACUGUGUUUUCUUCAACAUGGGAGCUUUAAGUGUUCCUCUUCUGCUCUGCCUUAUUGCCGUCACAUAUGGCUUCUCCGAAACUGAAAUUGUCGGUGGCAGAGAUGCCCCAGUGGGAAUGUUUCCUUACCAAGUGUCAAUCAGAAGGAGAGGAGUCCAUUUGUGUGGUGGAUCCAUUAUCAAUUCUCGAUAUAUCCUUACGGCAGCACAGUGUGCUCAAGGAUUGGGUGAUAUAAGGAAUAUUUCCAUUAAUGCUGGAACAGUUCUUUUUAAUGGGACUGGAGUAUCGUACGAAAUUGACAGAGUUGUAGUUCAUCGUAACUACACCGUGGCGACUAAUACGAACGACAUAGCUUUGAUUGGAGUCAAGAGAAACAUUCUUUUCAAUAAUCUGAUCAAACCGAUCCCAUUAGCUAGUGGCAAUUACUCUUACGAAGGAGCGUCUUGUUUUUUAACCGGGUGGGGAAAACUUUCACUAGGCGGAAGUAAUCCAAGAGUCUUGCAGUAUGUAAAUCUGACUGUUGAAAAUCAGUGGAGAUGUAAACAGAAAUUCUCAAAUGUGAUAAAUUCUCAUAUCUGUACUUCCAGUAAUUACGGUAAAGGAGCAUGCGUUGGUGACACCGGUAGUCCUCUGGUUUCCAACGGUGUACAAAUUGGUAUCGCAUCCUUUGGAAGGCCUUGCGCUGGUGGAUACCCUGACGUGUACACCAGGGUGUCCUCUUUCGACUUCUGGAUUAAGCAACAACAAUUUAACAUGCGCAAAGGAGAAGUUGAUGAACCACCAGCAGACGCAAUUUAGAUCGCUUAAAUCAAUAAUUAUGACAUUUUGUUAACUGGCUAUAAAGUUUGACGAUGCAAAUAUUCUUAUAAUAAUUCUUAUAAUAAAACUGUUAUUAAGAGUAACAAAACUGUUAGUCACAAA